AUGCCUUUGGGCACGUCGAGUACAAAUUGUUUGCGUUUUUACGGAAAUACAGCUAAUCGUGAAACGAUGAACAUUUAUCGAGUAUCUGAUACAAAUGGAUUGGUCAUUGCAUCGAGAACAACAUCAACAUCAAACAACAAAACGUAUCCGGUGUUGAAUUUAAUAUCAACUGAUAAUCCUAGCUCAUUCGUAGGCGGUGUUUCAGCUACAAGUGCGGAUUUAUUCAAUAUCAAUUGGAAUGACAAGCCAUCCGUGGGUUUCACAUCUCAGACGCAUCGAUUUUGUUUCAAUGUUGGAAAUUCACAGCCUUACAAAAGUGGUUUCCCUCAUACAUACACCCUUGCUACCUCAGCGGAUGCUUUUUGUAUAAAUCCUUCCGGAUCGUCGCCUACACCAACAAGUGGUUGUCUUUACCUUGUUUCUGAUACUGUUAAUAAAAUGAUAUUUAACACCAAUACGCCAUACACUAGUUCAUUUGGGACUGCUCCUCUCACACUAAACUCUGGUAAUGUCUAUAUUAAAGCAUCUAAUGCACUCAAUGAUGGAACUGCUAACUACGAUAUGCCGAUCUUCAUGGAAUCAUCAAAUGCAACGCCCAUUGCGCAUACUUUGGAACUACUACUGGCAACGAUUUGGUUAUGA